GAGCGCUCGUUUCGGCGGUGCCACGCGGUCCGGCGGAUGGGGCUGCUUGCUCUGUCUGCGGAGCCGGGGGAGCGCUCCGAUAGCAGCGAGGGGACCAGCAGGGUAGAAUCAAUUUUGCAGGGACUUCAGCUUUUACUGAUGAUGGACGAGCACCGGACCAGAGCUUUUCCCUGCAGAAACCACUGACUGUGGGCUACUUUCAAAAAUGCCGGAUGGCGGGGGGAAAUGAGAAGUGGCAAUUAUAGUGGAUUCUGCAUGGGUUUAAAGCACCAGAUUUAGAUGCUUAGGUACAAGACAUACAUGGCUCCUGGUUCCUCAGAUGAGAAGAAAACUGAUGAUGGACAGGCUUCAAAAGAGAAUUUUAUUCAUCUCUGCAACCCUCACCUGGAGAAAAUGAAAGAGGACAUCCUGUAUCAUUUUGCUCUUGGGACCGGUACCCAUGAUUUUCCGACAUUGUUUGGGGAUGUAAAGUUUGUGUGUGUUGGAGGAAGUCCUUCCCGGAUGAAAGCUUUUAUCGCCUACAUAGCGGAGGAGCUGGGGCUGGGGAGCCCCGGGUGUGACUACCCCAACAUCUGCGCGGGCACCGACCGCUACGCCAUGUACAAAGUGGGGCCCGUGCUGUCCGUCAGUCAUGGCAUGGGCAUUCCUUCUAUUUCAAUCAUGUUGCACGAGCUGAUCAAACUGUUGUAUCAUGCCAAGUGUUCCGACAUAACCAUCAUUCGCAUUGGCACCUCUGGUGGAAUAGGUCUGGAGCCAGGCUCAGUGGUUAUAACUAGACAGUCUGUAGAUGCCACCUUCAAGCCUCAGCUGGAACAGGUCAUUCUGGGAAAGACAGUAAUUCGCGACACCAAUCUGGAUGAACAGCUGGCUAAGGAGCUGAUGCAGUGCAGUAAAGAAAUUGGUCAGUUCAAUACAGUCAUUGGAAACACCAUGUGCACUUUGGAUUUCUAUGAAGGACAGGGCAGGUUGGAUGGUGCAAUCUGCUUAUAUGAUGAAGAAGAAAAGCUGCAAUAUUUGAAGGAUGCUUAUGAGUCUGGUGUGAGAAACAUCGAGAUGGAGUCUUCUGUAUUUGCUGCAAUGUGUAAUCUCAGCUGUGUCAAAGCUGCUGUAGUGUGUGUCACUCUUCUGAAUCGACUUGAAGGGGAUCAAAUCACCAGCCCACAUGAUGUCCUUGUGGAGUACCAGCAGAGGCCGCAGAAGUUAGUGGGAUAUUUCAUUAAGAAAAGUCUUGGGAAAGUAUGAAAUAUCCAUCUCAUAUUUUAGAGAAGGCACUUGUACAGAUCUGGUCAUGGUUAUGACUUCUGUGUACAGGUCUUUUGCCUCAGAGUAACUUGCAGCAUUCCGUGUGUCAGUGGAAGUUAAUCAUUUAUGUCACUGUUCUUUGGGAACUGAAUGUGCUGAAGGACUUCACUUAAGUUUUUAUUAGUUAUGCAUUGCUGGAUAGAAAACUCACUUUUCUGUGAAUUGGAAAGUGGAUCUGUUGUGAAGGACAAGGCUGUGAUAAUACAUGAAGAAGCUUUAUUUAUCUCUACUGUAAAAGAAAAACUAGAGAGAAAAUCAAACUUUAUGGCCAAGUGCUUGCAUACCAGCAAAUUAACUUAAAAAUCUGGAUAAUUUUCUUGUUGUUAUAAAAAAUUAUAUAAGUUAUAACUGUCUUUGUUGCUUCACUUGUAAAUAAAACUUAAAGUGAAUGCAGUUUAUUUUUUCUGCAGACUUUGACAAAUAAACAAUACUAUUUUCAUAUAUUAAAAUUUAAUGAAAUUGCAAA